AUGGAGGUCGAACGCAUUCUUGUUGGUGCAUCUGACAUAUUGAAAAAGCUGGUAACUGUACUUGGCAAUGAGAUCAGUGCUGCUUGGGGUGCCACGGAUGAGCUGCAAAGGCUUAAACAGACAUUAGAGGUUAUUGCGGCUAAAACAUCUGAUGCAGAGAGCAAGCAGGUGAACGAUGCUGCAGUCAAGCUUUGGUUAAAAAGGCUCAAGGAAGUUUCUUAUGAUGCUGAUGAUGUUCUGGAUGAAUUUGCUUACGAAGCUAUGCAUCGAUCUAAUAACAACACUAACAGUGAGGUAAAAGCUUUCUUUUCACCCUCCAAUCAAGUCCUUCGUUUCAAACUGGCUCGUAAGAUCAAAAUCAUUAAUACACAGUUUAAGCAAAUUGAAACUGAUAUGAAAAGAUUUCAGUUUCAAAUUACUAGUAGUACUAGUGAUAAUUACGAGCAACGUAAACGGCUAACUACUUCAUUCUUUGGAGAUAAUUCAAAAAUUGUAGGAAGAAACCAAGAUGAGUCAAAGAUAAUAAAGAUGUUAACAAAGAUGAGCAUGUCAUCAUCUUUACCAUCAGCUUCUUCUGUAAAUUCUAGUAUACAUGAAAAAGUCUCCGUCAUAUCCAUAGUGGGUAUGGGGGGACUUGGCAAAACAACUUUAGCUCAAUCAAUCUACAAACACAACUCGGUCGAAAAAUACUUCGACAGAAAAAUGUGGGUUUGUGUUUCUGAUGAUUUCGAUGUGUUUAAAGUUUUCAAAAACAUCAUGGAGUCUGUCACUGGUUCUAAAUGCCAAGACUUCUCAAAUACUGAUGUAGUAGUACAAAAAGUUAAGGAAAACUUGGAAGGAAAAAAAUAUUUGCUAGUUCUAGACGACUUGUGGAAUGAAGAUCCAAUGGAAUGGAAUAAACUUAAGAGUGUCCUAGAUUUCGGCUCUGUUGGUAGUAAAAUUAUAGUCACUACACGCAGUCAAGGAGUUGCAUCAGUGGUGCAAGGUUUAUUUCCUCCUUACAAUCUAAAUGUAUUAUCUGAAGCAGAAUGUUGGUGUAUUAUCAAGAACAAAGCGUUUUCUGCAGGAGGAGCAUCUGAGACUCCAAAAAUGAAAAUUAUAGGAAAGGAGAUAGCAAAAAAAUGUGGAGGUUUGCCACUUGCGGCGAACUUCUUCGGUUGUCUUAUGCACUCACACAGCAAUGCGAGUCACUGGUUGUCAUUCAAAGACAACAAACGCUUAGAUACACAAGGUGGGGGAAUCCUACCAAUAUUGAAAUUGAGUUAUGAUACUUUACCUUCCCAUUUGAAACAAUGUUUCUCAUACUGUUGUUUAUUUCCAAAAGAUUGGAAAUAUAAUAGAGAAAUGUUGAUCCGGUUGUGGAUGGCCGAAGGAUUCGUUCAUCCAUCUAAUGGAAAGUCACCCGAAGAUAUUGGUAAUGAUUACUUCCUUGAUUUGUUGUCUAGGUCUUUCUUUCAAAAUGUAAAAAUAGAUCUCUACUUAGGUGACGUUGAAACGUUUGAAAUGCAUGAUUUAGUGCAUGACCUUGCGCUAAGUGUCGUCGGAAAUCAUGAAGUCACGACUCUGAAUACAGGUGAAAUGGAAAAUGAUGUGUCUCAAAUUCGUCGGUUACGGUUAACAAUGGAAGGAAUACUAGAAAAAAAUCCUGAUGUAUUAAAGAGAGCAACUAAAUUGGGGACAAUUUUUUUCCAAGGAAGAGGUUUUGCUUUUCCUAGUACACUAAGUAACAAGCGGCUUCGUGUAAUACAUUGGCUUGUUGGGCAUUGUAGGUUUCUGAAAACUGUAACUUCUUCCAGUUUCAAGUUUAAACACAUGAGGUACCUUGACCUCAGAUAUUCCAAUCUUAAAGAUGUUCAUGCUGCUGACUCCAUUCAUCAACUCUACAAUCUCCAAACUCUCAACCUUUCUGAUUCCAAAAAUGUUCAAAACAUUCUCAAAGAAGGAAUUGGUUCUUUGAUUUAUUUGCGGCAUCUAGAUCUUUCUUAUUCAGACGCCAAACUUCUUCCCGAUUCUUUUACGUUGCUCACAAAUUUGAGGACUUUAGAUAUCAGUGGUUGUAAGGGUAUUCAUGUCUUACCCACAAACAUCGGUCAUCUCCAAAAUCUAUCGUCCCUUGAAAUUUCAUCUACAAAAAUCUCAGAGUUACCCGACUCAAUCUGUCUCCUCAGUAAUUUAACCAAGUUCAAAUUCAACCUUUGCGAUCAAUUAAAAGCAUUACCUCGUAACUUUGGAGCUUUGACACAACUAAGGUCACUUGAUUUGGGAAGUACUGAAAUAAAAGAAUUGCCAGAGUCUUUGACUAGCAACAUCUGUAAAUUAGAGUUUGUGAACUUUGGACAUAAGUGUAAGCUUCCCAAAGACAUUAAGAAUUGGGUGGAAUUGAGACGUCUAGAGUACGAGCCAGUAAGAUAUUUUGAAAUAAUGCCUAGAGGUAUUGAAAAGCUAACUCGCCUUGAAGUAUUAUAUUCUUUCAGCGUGAGGAAAGAAGAUGAUGUCUCCAUCGGUACCUUCAGUAACAAUUCAAGUACUUCUUCUAUCCAUGAAUUAGCAGAUCUAAACUCUCUUCGGGAGUUAAUGAUUAAAAAUCUAGAGAAUGUGAGAGGUGGUGAUAUAGAGGUGGAGACGGCAAAGUUAAUAGACAAGCAAAACAUUCAAGGGUUGGAUCUACGAUGGAAUUUCAUAACAGGAGAAGUUGUUAACGACUCUGUUAUGGUGUUGGAAGGUCUUCAACCUCACCCUAAUUUGGAGAAAUUAUGGAUUCAUGGUUUUCCUGGUUUAAAGCUUCCGAAGUGGAUGGGAUCAUCUUCUUGUCUUCCGAAUUUAGUAGAAUUAGGGUUUUUAAACUGCAACUGUUGUAUAAAUUUUGUAGACCUGGGUCAACUCCCGUGUCUUCAGAUUCUUAAGAUGGAAAAAAUGAAUUCAAUCAAGUGUUUAGGUGAGGAGUUUUAUUACCAGCAACAAGAAGUAGAAGAAAGCAAAGGUUCUGCCAUAGCUCCUACAACAAGAAGAAGAACAUUAUUCCCUUCGUUAACUGAGUUAACCAUGAACGAGCUGGUAAAUUUAGAAGAAUGGUUUGCACCUGAUAAUUCCUCCCCUUUCCUUGAGAAAGUAGUUAUCAAUAAGUGUGAUAAUUUGAAAUCUAUACCAGAUUUACGAUUAUGGACGUCUUCUCUCACGGAAUUGACCAUAAGGAGUUGCUACAAGUUAGAAAAGGAGGUUAACUGGUAUGAUCUCGGGAAAUCCCUCCCCUGUGUUAAUAUACAACUGGAUCGGAGAUGGUCUAAUUUUUCUAAUGAUUUACUUUCUCAUGGAGUCUAUGAUUUAGUUUUUAUGCCAAGAGCCAAAUAG